AUGAGCCUGUUACAGCUUCGCGAUGGUGUCUUCAAACGGGAGGAUGGAAAUCCUUAUCUGUCUCCACGAGGUAUGCAAGGCUUAGUUGUCAGCGUGGUCUUCACAUCACUAGCAGCUUCCUUCGUGGGAAUACGUCUCUAUACUCGGCUGAAAUUCUUGAGACGCCUGGAAGCCAAUGACUGGAUGGUUGUCAUCGCAUUGAUCAAUUCGUUCAUCUUCAUGGGGCUGGAUAUCGUCGAGGCCACGAGUGGGAUGGGAAUGCAUCUGAAAGAUAUCCCACCAAAUAUUCUUGAGAGGCAAAUGAAGGCAUUCUGGCUCACGAUCCCCUUCUACAAUGCCGCCGUCCUCUGCGCAAAAGCAUCCAUUCUCAUGCAAUACUUCCGCGUCUUCCCCACGCGUCGUAUGCGCAUCGUCUGCUGGGUGAUGAUCACAAUUUUGGGUUUAUAUGGAACAUGGUGUGUGGUUAGCGCCUUCUUGACUUGUAUUCCAGUGGCCAAAUUCUGGAACCCUACCCUCCCGGGAUUUUGUUUGAGCAGGCCUGGCCUGUGGUUUUCCAAUGCUAGUAUGCACAUUACUACCGACCUGGCAAUCCUGAUUAUUCCAAUUCCGGCCUUGAUUGCCAUCGAUAUCCCGAAGAGGCAGAAAAUUGCACUAAUGAUCAUGUUUGCGCUGGGUGGUUUUGUCUGCAUCACCAGUAUCGUCCGCCUAGUCAGUCUCAAGACAAUUUCUGACUCGACUGAUCCUACCUCAUAUAAUAUCACAACUAACCGGGAUCCUCCAGACGACAACGUCGGCGCAGCCUCAUGGUCUGCCAUCGAAUGCAACACCGGCAUAAUCUGCGCCUGUCUCCCAACUUUAAAGCCACUUCUCUCCAGGAUCAUCCCCGGCCUAAUGUCCACAUUCAACGGCAGCAAGCCCACGCAAGAUACCGCCGGUAUCUCCAAUGUGCGCUCAGUCACCUGGAACGACGAGUCCACUCUCGGGGCACCCUGCGAAGACCCUGAGUACGGCGCAGGAGACCCCGAGCGAGUAUUGGAGUUAUCUUCUGGGGGCAAUGUCCAAUAUUCUGGCAAAUCCCUGGCUGAGAAGAAUCAGAUAGGCGAUGAUACUUCGGUUGCAGAGCUUAUGAAUCACCAGCAACAGCAUCGACACCAUUAUAGCGUUUCAACUGGCUCAUUUCCCUCGCGCACAUGA